ACAGCUAAUGUGUAUAUCAACAAAAAGGAGAUAUCCUGUGAUCAUUGUCCAUGGAGGAUGUGUUUAUAGGGUAGGGGAGAAGUAGCAAAGGGAAGAAUGGAAAUUGGCUAGGCAUUUGCACUGGGGACAGAGUUGGCAUCUUGCAACUAUAGUUGCUGUCUUCUUGCCUGCUUGCCAUUUUCUGUCUUCCUGGUUUCUUUUUCUAAGCUGGAAUUAUAUUGCUGCUGUAAAAAAGUUCUCUUAGAAUAUCAUCUAUUUAUUUUCAUAUACUACCAGUUUCCAUUAGGUUUUGUUAGGUCAUAUCAUUUAAGAUUUUUUUGUUUAUUUUUAAGAAUCAAAAAAAAGAUGUUUGAGGACCGUGAAUCCUAGUAAUGUGUCACAAAGGAAUCGAGGUGUGCUUAACGUGAGAUAUAUGAUUUUAUCUUCCUGCUCAAUGCUUUUCCUUUUGUAACAACCAAGGUGCUCAGAAAAAAAAAAGCCACUUGUAUCAGAACGGUUGAUGAUCUAGUCCUCCAGUUGUGCCUUACUAAAUUGGAUUUUCUAUAUCUAUGGGAAUUUUUAAUACAUAUAUUUGGUAUGACACUUGUGAAACAUGCAUAAAGCCUGCCCCAAUUGAAACUUGGUAGCUCGGGUUGUAUCUUCUCUAGAAUCUCACUCCCACAGGCUUGGUGGGAGAUUUAGCAAAUGAGAGUAGUUUUAUGUAAUUCGGAAUGGAAAUACGAGAAUGGGCCCAGCGAUCUCUUUGCUAACAUGUUCACAUCAACAAUUCAAGCCUUAUCAUAUUUAUAGUACACACAAAUACAUAAAACUAUGGGGUGAGAUUGUUAUCUAGCUAAAAAGCAUGUCAGCUGGGCCUGGACUUGAGUCCCUUGUAGAUCAGACAAUUUCAGUCAUUACAAAUGAUGGACGGAAUAUAGUGGGAGUCCUGAAGGGUUUUGACCAGGCCACAAAUAUAAUUCUUGAUGAGUCCCAUGAACGUGUUUAUUCUACAAAGGAAGGUGUACAACAACUUGUUCUUGGUUUAUACAUCAUCAGGGGUGACAACAUAAGUGUUGUUGGUGAACUGGAUGAAGAUCUGGAUUCUAAUCUGGAUUUAUCAAAACUUAGAGCUCAUCCCUUGAAACCUGUCAUCCAUUGAGUGAAAAGAGUGGGUUUUGCGGCACUUUAUACCAAGUACGCUGUGAAACUCUCUAAGAAUAUGCAGAUAACAGAACUUUUCUAAUAUUCUGAUUCUAUUAAGCAUGUAAGUUUUGUCAAACAAAUGAAUGCAACAAAUUUGUGACUAUCUGACGUGAAGAACUGUCCUCUAUUUGGUUAAAAUUGAUACGGAAGUUAUUUACAAGUGAAAAAUGUGUAUGAUUAUAGUUAUUUUAAAAAACUUAUAUUUUACAAAAAGGAAAAACUCUUUCUUUUUUC